UCGUAACAACAACACGUAUUACGCCGCAUUAAGUUGGUAACUUUUUCUAACCUAUCGAUGGCGUCUCUUCGAUGGCGUCACUUCUUCGACACUUUUACUUCCACUUAUACCUUAUUAAUAGUAUCAUUUAAUUAAUACGCGCGUGUUUAAUGAUUCACUGAGCAUUAUGACAACGAAAUCGUGCAGUGAUUUGAAACUUUUCACGCCAGUUUUUCUUCAAUUGUCGAUUUCACUCGUACGGUUGCGGACAGAUCAUUUCGUAUGUCUCUUUAAUAGAAUUUGAUGUUGAUUAUCGUUUCUUUUUUACACAUUUGCUUUCAUUUGACACAUUUGUUCUGACUUUUAAUUUCUCAUUGUGUAGGUUAUUCCUUGAUUGCAGAGAUAGUAUAGAAUGCAUAGAUGCCACGAUCAUUAAUGGACAAUUUGAUGAAGGUUGGUAACAUUUUAUUCAUUUUUGAAAGUAUUUGUGAUCGCGCGCAAUGCGGUCGGUAGAGUCAGUGUUUGUUGCGCAAUAUUUUAACAUUUUUCUGAGCAAAAUGGCUCUCAUUAAAUUAAAUUGUUAAUUCAUUUGAAAUUACAAUUCGCGACGUUAGAAUCAGUGAAUCCGCCGAUUGUUACUUAAACGCGCGCGUUGAUAGCCUUUUAUUUUUCUUUUUUCAUAUUUUUUCUUGUUCAAUACUCGUUUUCGGUACUAGAGUCAGUGCUCAAGAGGAUAAAGCCUCUCCAGGAGAUCAAGAUCAUGCUUCACAUCAGCAUUAAUUUUACAUUUUGGGGAAAAUCCAACAGUGGCUCUAAAGCCAAGAAAAUCUUUUGCAGUGUUCACUCCCCCUCCAAGAAUCUUAUGAUGCUUCAAAAGUUAAAAAUAAAUUUUUCACGGUGUUCGCUUCAACCAUGGGAUUCUCAGUGGUAUCUAUUUGAUGAGGGUCUUCACGAUAACUUUCCCUGCUGCAGUGCAGCAUCGAUGAUAUGUUCUUCACAUCUAUCGCAUUCGAUGGAGAUACUUUUGAAACAACUCAUCAUCGGAGGCAGUUUGAAUCGAAACAAUGAUAUUUCAUGCUAGGAUAUAUCGUGUACAUGUUACCAACCUGCCGACCAGUCGAACGGCAGAAUCAAUCAGAGGAAGGAACAUCGUCG